AUGGGAUCAAUCAGAGCCUUUACCACAGCUGCAGACGCUCUACUGGAGUUUGAGGAAUCUUUUAAUCCAACAGCAAACAAUCAAAGUGCCUACUCUCUUGAAGUUCAACAAGCUGAACUGAAAUCUCUGUGGGCAGAGAAACAACAUCAGCAGCAUCAACAGCAGCAGCAGCAACAACAGGAUCAUGCCAGCAAUGAUGGCAAAACCAAUGAUGCGCCCGGCUCAUCGAAUCACACCGAUACACAUGGUGGCGCAUUUCGAGCACCCGGCGUUGGGAUGCAAUCGCACAACGGUGACCAGGUAUCUGGCAGCAGUUCGUCACAACAACAUAAUCCGCUGGCACACCUACAGGCAUUCCACGGCGGCCUGCACUCGCAUCUGUUGUGCCGCCAACAACAUGCUGCAGCCGCAAUGCAACGAGAAUCCGCAAAAGCAAAAAGACGGAAGAAUCGUGAUCCUGACAAGCUCUUCUUGCUCUCACUCUACGAGGAGAUCAAACGUGUGCCCGAAGAGAUACGACUCAAUGUCAAGGGCGAACUCGUACAGGUGCUCAAAAAACACCAGAAAAAACCACCGGUGAAACAAGAGGAACCCCAAUCACUAACACAUGCACAAUCCACAGCGUCGUCAACGGGCAAACCAAGUACGACCAUCACAAAUGACAAGAUACAAUUGUCACACAAUGCACAAAUAACGCACAGCAG